AUGGUGGAUGUAUCACCGUUUUUAGAUCAGGAGGCCUCUGUCGAUAGGGAUGGCGAGGAGGCAGACGAUUUGGACGGUUUUCUUGGUUUUGAAGCUGAGCAGGACAAGCAAACACGCUUUGGAUCGCGAUUUUUGCAUGCAGCGAUCGACACACUAUGA